AUGGCAUCAUCGCAGCCAUCUACCACGCUCGGAAAAAACGUCGAAUCCGACGCAGCGACUCUCAAUAAUCACAUUAAGACGGAAGCAGUGACAGCACAACCACCCAAGCCCACAGGACCUCCACCACCACCCAAUGGAGGCACGAAAGCAUGGCUCCAAGUUCUUGGGGCUUUUUUCUUGAACUUCAACACUUGGGGUCUCAUCAAUACCUUUGGCACAUUUCAGUCUGAAUAUAGUACAGGCUUGCUGAGGGACUCGUCACAGUCUUCGAUUGCUUGGAUUGGAUCGCUGCAGGCGUUUCUGAUGCUGGUAAUAGGCGUUCUUUGUGGACGCGCUCUUGACGCUGGAUAUUUCUAUGUGGAUAUUACUCUGGGUCUCUUCCUUGAGGUUUUUGGCAUGAUGAUGACUUCACUCUGCAAGGAGUAUUGGCAGGUGAUUCUGGCCCAGGGCAUAUGUGUCGGCCUCGGUGCUGGAAUGUCAUUUAUAGCCAGUGUGACCAUCGUGGGUACAUAUUUCUCUACACGACGCACCACUGCUCAGGGUCUGGCUGCUACCGGCUCAAGUAUUGGAGGUAUCAUCUACCCCGUUGUGUUAAGACGUCUCAUCAUCCAAAUUGGGUUACCGUGGGCGGUCCGAGUCAUGGCAUUCAUCAUGCUAGGAACACUUCUCAUUUCGGUCGCGGUCAUGAAGCCUCGCCUUCCGCCUCGCAAGUCAGGCCCCCUUAUCAACGUUGAAUCUCUUCGGGACACGGUCUUCGUCCUCUGGCUCUUUGCCGCCUUCUUCAUCUUCACAGGCCUCUACAUCCCAUUCUUUUACGUCGGACAAUAUGGUCUUGACCUCGGCAUGUCGCAAGAUUUAUCUUUCUAUAUGCUGAUCAUCAUGAACGCGGGCUCGGUCCCCGGCCGUGUUUUGCCAUCCAUCAUCGCCGACAAGAUCGGUAACCUGUCAGUCAUGAUUCCUUCCGUUCUGCUCACCGGUAUCUUAAUGUUGGCAUGGAUAAGUGUGAAAUCUCAGUCGGGUCUAAUCGCUAUCGCGUUCUUUGUCGGCUUGACAAGCGGCUCGAUCCAGGCCGUCCUUCCCGCAACAGUUGCCUUUCUCUGUCCCGAUCUAUCUAAGCUAGGCACGAACAUCGGUGUAACUCUUUUUGCGUCGGGACUAGGGUUGUUGAUUGGCAGCCCUGUGGCAGGKGCGAUUCUAGACCACCAGCGGACUUCUGGGGGCGACGUCUUCUGGGGUACAUUGACCUUUUCAGCACUCUUCAUUUUGGCUGGUGGUGUACUUUUGGCCAUUGCUCGCGUGUUCAAGGUGGGAUUCGCUUUGAAGAAGGCCUGA